GAGGACAUCCUCAGCCACUAACGGAAAAUGGCCCUAUCCAUCCAAUCUUCGUGUUUCGUGAAAAAACUCUCUCCGACUCUUCUUCAUCCGCGUCUGCAAUCACCCGCCAAAAUAAGGUUAACACUGAGGGCUGAAUCAUCAGCACCAGACGACAGCAGAAAUGAAGGAACUGAAGAUGGUUCCGUUCUGGCUCCUCCCAAGAAAUCAACCAAAGCCGGCCUUGGCUUCGGUUCUUCUUUACCUUCUUCUUCUUCCUCUGCUAAAUUGAGUGAAACAGAGGGUACUGCUAGUAAUAAAAGGAAGGGUAAGACAAGUAGAGAGAGGGCAUCUUCCAUAGUUCGUAGAUCCCCAGUAGAGAAACCCGCAUUUCUCUCCCAGCAGGGAGAAUCUCAGACCGAAGAGCAGUCGAGGAACGAGAGCGCUUUUCUACUCACUUGGUUGGGUCUCGGUUCCCUUAUCCUCGUCGAGGGUAUUGCUCUUGCUGCAUCAGGCUUCCUGCCAGAGGCAUGGGAUCAAUUUUUCGUGAAAUAUCUGUAUCCAUCCUUCACUCCAACAGUUUUCUUGUUUGUGGGUGGUACCGUCACAUAUGGUGUUUUGAAGUACCUACAGAAUGAGAAAAGGGAAAGCUGAUCCUAAGAUUUACUGCAACUGAAAGAAUUGGGUUGUAUAAUGAAGCCAGUGUUAAGAACCAAUGACCAUUGAAUAUCUUCUUCUGAUUUUGUAUUUACCUGUAACUUUAUACAGAGGUAUAUAGUAUAUUUCGAUGAAACCAGUUUCAGUUGA